UGCAGUUCAAGUUGCAGUCAGUUCAAGUUCUCGCUGCUCGCUUCUGACUAAGUAGUCCGUCGUGCGGCGAAUUUCGACUCCACCUUCAAGUUCGAUCGACGCCCAAAAAAAUGGAAAUGCAGGCAACUUGACAUGAACUUCACCAACUGCAAACAGACUCGGAGACCGGAAUUCAUUAAUUAAAUCAACUGAUCCCUUUGUUUGAGCUGACUCCCGUCACACGCACCCUCUUGCUCUCUACGUCCUCAUCAAUCCUGAUACUCAGUGCUCCUCUUCCUGCCUCUGUCUCCCGCCAUGCUGCGGCGACAGGCCCGCGAGAGGCGAGACUACAUCUAUCGUCGCGCCCUCCAGCUGCGAGAUGCUCGCAUUGCAGAAAAGCGCUCGCUGUUGAAAAAGUCCCUGGCGAGCGGGAAGCCUCUUGAUCCCUCCGUCGCCAACGACAAGGCUCUGCGCAAAGACUUCAAGUACGACGAGUCGCUCGACCCCGAGGCGGCCGCCGUCCAAGAAUCCAUCGACGAUGAAUAUUCCAUGCUUUCUGGUCUUGCAGACCCGAGACCCCUAGUCACCACCUCUCGCAGCCCGUCGACCCGUCUGGCUACCUUUUCUAAAGAAGUCCGGCUUCUCCUCCCGACCGCGAUCCGGCUGAAUCGUGGUAACCUGAUCCUCCCCAACCUGCUGGCCAGUGCCAAAGCCGCCGCCUUGACCGACAUCGUCCUCCUCCACGAGCAUCGAGGAACACCGACAGCCAUGACAAUCUCCCAUCUGCCACACGGUCCCACGGCGUCUUUCUCUCUUCACAAUGUUGUUUUAAGAGCCGACAUUCCUGACGCCGCAAGAGGCACCGUCUCCGAGUCGUAUCCGCAUCUGAUCUUUGAAGGAUUUACGACGAGGUUGGGCAAGAGAGUGGUUCAGAUCCUCAAACACCUCUUCCCGCCACGCGAUGGCCCUCACAAGGUCGGGAAUAGGGUGGUCACAUUCAAGAAUGUGGACGACAGCAUUGAGGUCCGGCACCACGUUUUUGUCCAGACAGGCUACCGUGAUGUCGAGUUGGCCGAGGUCGGACCCAGGAUGACCAUGAGAUGCUUUGAGAUAAAAGGAGGCACGCUGGAAAAGGAUUCUGGGGGCGAGGUGGAAUGGGCUUUGACACAGUACACGCGGACAGGACGGAAGAAGAAUUACUUAUGAAGAGAGUAGGUCGCCGAUUGAAUCUGCCACAAUCGUGCCAUAUAUCAGCAUGAUUCUCCCUCCAAGCUUCAGCAGAUUGUGCUCGCUCAUUCACUUUGAUUUCGAAUUGAUCAGCCGGCUAUCCAUGGCUGUCUCCCAGUCAGCGCCCGACGCCCCUUUGGAUUCCAGAUUCGAUAAGCCUGUCCAGCUACAGCGCACUCUAUCGCCGCACCUGGCCCAUGUCAGCAGCACUCCAUCACCAUCCGCCAUCUGGAGUCUUCGCCCGGGCGUCGAUUCCUCCUGUCGCUGCCAUGUGCGAUGUGUUCAUGACUACCGUCACACUUGGUAGUAGCUUUUCCUCCCCAACUGCACAUGCACCCUCUUCCUUCAGCUUUGCCUUCAAUGGGCCCCAAAACUCCCAUCUGCGGUCGGUAGCUCCGUCCUCGCCUUUGGAGUCGUCCGGGCUGGUCUGUGAGCGUUGCGCGGCAGUUUCGCGAUCUUCCCAGUCGACCCCGACUCGCUUCUUGAAGAACUUGCGGAACAUGUCCCAUGCAAAGUCGAACGUGCUUCCGGGCGGCGCAAGCAUCUGGACGUGUCGUUGGCCGGGUCGGGUGUAGAUGAAAUAGCAGGCGUACGACUUGAAUUUCGGCCGCUGCGGUUUGGCGCCCGCAGCAUUCUCGGCGGAUUUGCUCGCAAGUGCGGGAUCGUAUUCGAAAAGCUGUAAUGCCUGAGCCCAUGGAUCGGGAAUAUGAACACGAAGUGCCGGGUUGGAGGGUCGGAGAGCUCGGGGAAGAGAACUUGCAACAACCGGGUAACGAGAAUAGGCAGAUUGCUCGGGGAAGUAAUACAGAGGCACGGGACAAGGGGGCAGACUGGCUCUGGAUCCCCAAAUAUCCAGUCCUUCAAAUGCAGUACUCUUGCCAGGUCCCGACGACGCAUACUUUUCCUCUAUGCCCGAAGGCAAAGAGUCGUCCGAGAUCUUGCGACGGCGAUCGGGGUUUUCAGGGAACAUCGGAUAGUAUGUGGUAUGGUGGCAGCCAAAUGAAGGUGCAUAACGCACCUUGAGACGGUGUUUUUCCAGCCGGUGUUUCAAGAUAUCCUUUCGCACCAGGGUGACGAGAAACACCGUUCCGUUGUUGUCCACAAAUGGGCGGUAGCCGACUGCCCCGGGAAAACCUGUCAGUGUCUUUGGUAAAAAAGCUGUUGAGGGACAGCACUUACGGACACCUAUGUCCUUCUCAAACUCGGCGCAUGCGGCGUCGAACUCUUUGCCUGUGACUGGUCAGCCCUGUCAAAUGGCAUACUAUUUCACCUCGAUCUGUGUGACAUUGUCACAUUAUCGCAGGCAGAACAAGCGAUUUAUACAGGGGUAAAAGGCCAUAGAAAUACCAGAAAUCUCAAUCUGUUCGUCUUUGUUCAGAACGACGUCUUCUUCCUCCACAUCUGCCAUGUUCGCUUUGUCCAUUUUCUUGCCGAUCUUUCUCUUCUUUGCCUGCUGCUUGUCGCUUGGUUUGCCUCUCUU